AUUCAGACAGCUGUUUGCACAAAACAAUACCUUUGCAGGCUGAAGGAAGAAAUUAUACAUUCUGACUGCACGUGUAGAAAAAUUUGUCAGGCGGAAACCCCUUUCUCGCGAGAUUAGGAGGUUGGUGGCGGCUGUGGCUGUGGCCCCGUCUGAAAGUAGACGGAGUUGUUGCUGACAUUUGAAUGAAAACGUUGUGAACAGUCACUCCGUAGACUCAUGAAAUAAUGGCUUCAGCACUGGAGCAGUUUGUGAACAAUGUGCGGCAGCUCUCGGCGCAAGGUCAGAUGACACAGCUAUGUGAACUGAUCAAUAAGAGCGGGGAGCUUCUGGCGAAGAACCUGUCCCACCUGGACACUGUCCUGGGGGCUCUGGAUGUCCAGGAGCACUCGCUGGGAGUGCUGGCUGUGCUGUUUGUGAAGUUCUCCAUGCCAAACAUCCCCGACUUUGAGACGCUGUUCUCCCAGGUCCAGCUGUUCAUCAGCACGUGCAAUGGAGAGCAUAUCAGAUAUGCAACAGACACGUUUGCUGGCCUCUGCCAUCAGUUGACCAAUGCCCUUGUGGAGCGGAAACAGCCUCUCCGUGGCAUCAGUAUCCUGAAGCAGGCCAUAGACAAAAUGCAGAUGAACGCAAACCAGCUUACCUCAGUGCAUGCAGACCUGUGCCAGCUCUGCCUGCUAGCGAAGUGCUUCAAGCCGGCCGUCCCCUACCUAGACCUGGACAUGAUGGAUAUCUGCAAGGAGAACGGCGCCUACGAUGCCAAACACUUCCUGUGUUACUACUACUACGGUGGAAUGAUCUACACCGGCCUAAAGAACUUCGAACGAGCACUCUAUUUUUUUGAACAGGCAAUAACCACUCCUGCGAUGGCGGUCAGUCACAUCAUGCUGGAGGCGUAUAAGAAGUACAUCCUGGUGUCACUCAUCCUCCACGGGAAGGUGCAGCAGCUGCCCAAGUACACGUCCCAGAUUGUGGGCAGGUUCAUCAAGCCACUGAGUAACGCCUAUCACGAGCUGGCUCAGGUGUACACCACCAACAACCCAGCGGAGCUGCGCAGCCUCCUCAACAAGCACAGCGAGGUGUUCGCCCGCGACAACAACACCGGCCUGGUCAAGCAGUGCCUCUCCUCCCUCUACAAGAAGAACAUCCAGCGACUCACCAAGACUUUUCUGACGCUGUCCUUACAAGACAUGGCAAGUCGGGUGCAGUUGUCCGGACCUCAGGAAGCAGAGAAGUACGUCCUACACAUGAUUGAAGAUGGUGAAAUCUACGCUAGCAUUAACCAGAAAGACGGCAUGGUCUGUUUCCACGACAACCCUGAAAAAUACAACAACCCUGCAAUGCUCCACAAAAUCGAUCAGGAGAUGCUGAAAUGCAUUGAGUUGGAUGAGAGGCUGAAGUCUAUGGAUCAGGAGAUCACAGUCAACCCUCAGUUUGUGCAGAAGAGUAUGGGUACGCAGGAAGACGAUGUCGGCACCAAGACCUCCAGCUACUCCUGAGGGCCUGUGGCGCCCCCUGUCUGUGGCACACCUUUUUACGGCCGAAAAAUGAUUGAUUCAGUAUGGACAAUAUUCAAGGAAAACUACACGUGAAUCAUUUGUUUAUUCCCAUCCCCACCCCACUCCACUCCUAUCCAGUCCACGUCUCCAAGCCCCAAACACACACAUGCGCACACGUACACACACACACACCUACACGCACACGUACACACACUUCUCCAUGCAUCGAAAGAGUUUUUGUCAGUGUUUUUAUUUAUCAAUGUGGAGCUGGAAGAGCCGUUCCUGCUUUAACCAAAAUGAAACCCGACGCUCCCCAGCUGGCAGCUGAUUCUGGGCCGAAACUGAGCCGGAUCUGGCCCCGGACCCGUGACCCGGGCUCCCGACCUCGCUCCGGUCCUGUGCCACAGGCUCCUUGACCUCGCUCCGGUCCAGUGACCCGCUCCAGACUCAGCUGCCGCCUGGGGUGAUGAUGUGAUCCGUUCCUCUUGGUUUUCUGACGGGGGUCGAUCCACGCGCCCCUCUCCUUCUCUUUGUACACACUGGUUUGCUCUUCCUCUCUGUUUGCCUGGCACGGCUCUUCUGUAGGUCAACUUGUAUGGAAUGCACACAACAACAACAACAACGACAACAACAACAAGGAAAAAACCCAUCUCUGUGUGUGUGUGUGUGUGUGUGUGUGCUCUAGUUUAUUUGGUGUGGGUGUGGGUGAGAGGUGACGGUGCUGUCGCGGUGGAGGGAGGAUUGUGUCGGGGGGGGUGUACUGGGUGGUGGGGGGGCGUCCAGGGUGGGGGGUGGGUCAGUUUCCUUCAGCUCUUGGUGUAAGGAAAGAAACAUGUUAUUUCAGGGGGAGCUCAACACGACACGAAAACUACCAUUAAAAUAUGUACAGCCUUCA